AUGCCUCGAAGUAUGGUGUUCAAAAGUCAGUCAAGGCAAAUGAUCUAUAAUGUUUAUUGCUAUCUCAAAAAAGCGUCUAAAGGUAAUAUGUACGAUGUACAAAUAAUGACAUGUACUGCUGAAGCCACUAAGUCGUCAGUGUCCACAGUUAGAAGAGUCAUCAAGGAAGCUAAGGCCGGCUCGAUUACAGGACUGCGGACCCCCGGAAAGAAUCGGAAAGGAAAAAAACCUAUCACCGGUGUGAGUAACUUAGACAAAGGUGUUAUCAAACGAUGCAUCCAUAACUAUCAUGUAAAGCACCAGGAAUUGCCUGUUAUGGCGAAGCUUGUCGAUGAAUUGCGAAGUGAAAUAAAUUUUAAAGGUUCCAUUUCUAGUCUCCGCCGGAUAAUUAGAGAAUUAGGUUUCAAAAUGAGAAAAGCAGAGAACAAGUUAAGUGUUUUAUUAGAAAAAACUGAUUUAAGAUUGCUGAGAAUAAAUUAUUUAAAAGAAAUGCAACAAUACAGACAGGAAGGUCGGCCUAUUGUAUAUACAUACGUGUACUCUACUCGGCUAAAAGCGAAAAAUGAUAAUAUAGUCAUAUUAUAUGCUGCAUCAGAGACUGGCUGUGUACCAAAUGCCUUAUUAACUUUUAGGUCUUGCGCAAUGACAUAUGAAUAUUAUGAAAAAUGGAUCCGGUCUCAAUUGAUACCAAAUCUACCAGAAAAUUCUGUUGUUGUAGUUGACAACGCCCCCUAUCACAACAAACAACACGAGUCCUCACCAAGUUCAAAUUCGAAAAAAUCUGUAUUGCAACAAUGGUUGACUGAGAGGCAAAUACCAUUUACCUCUGAGAUGUACAAGCCACAAUUAUACCAAUUAAUUAGGAUGAAUGAAGAUAAAAAAUUUACCAUAGAUUUGAUUAUGGCCGAACACAAUCAUACUGUUCUACGCUUACCUCCUACUCACCCAGACCUAAAUCCCAUCGAGAUCAUGUGGACAACUAUUAUGGAGAAUGUGAAUAAUAUCAAAGGCCAAAUAUAUAUUUGUAUGAUCAAUAGUUUAAUAAUGGAGAAAGUAAAUGAAAUAGGUGAAGAAGAAUGGAAAAAUGUAUGUGCCAAAGUUAUAUCAAAUGAAAAAGAGUAUGCGAAAUGCGACAAAGUAGUCGACGAACUGACAGACGAGAUAGUAGUAAAACCAGAGCAAACUUCAGAUAAUAGUAGCAGUGAGUCAGAAGAUGAGUGCAUUAGCUUUCAAGAUACCCAGGAUUCUUCUGGUUCGGGAGACCCAUUAAACACUGAUACACUUUGUAUAGUAAAAGAAGAGGCGUUUGAAGAAGAACCAAUGAGUGAUAAUGAU